AUGGCUUCUACAGCCUCCGGCCCGCCCGGCCUCUCAUCAGUCACUGAUUUCGCAGCCACGCUUGGACAAAUGUCGAAUCCAUUCUACCCCGGCUACAGCGAGGCCUAUUUGGGAGCCGCUAAUGGCGGAGGCUUUUUGUCCGCUGCUUUACCCCAACCAAGCACAGCUCAAGAUCAGCAGUCGUUGCCGUGUUAUCCACAGCCGCCAGGAAUCGAUUGGCAAAAGGACAACAAAGACGAUAAGGAUAAGGACGGUAGCGGAGAAUCGGAUGACGAUUCGGGAAUGCCGAAAGGGACUGUCGUUUACCCGUGGAUGACCCGAGUCCACUCCACAACCAAUAGUGGUCGAGGCGAGAAACGACAACGCACCGCUUACACGAGAAAUCAGGUAUUGGAAUUGGAGAAAGAAUUUCACUUCAACAAGUACCUCACUCGAAAGCGACGGAUAGAAAUCGCUCACUCGUUGAUGCUCACCGAACGUCAGGUGAAGAUCUGGUUCCAGAAUCGUCGUAUGAAGCACAAAAAGGAAAACAAGGAUAAGCCAACCCCUCACCAGAUGAUGGGUGCAUUCGGCACAGGUCCUCUCCCAUUCGCUCAUCUCGGCGGUUUCCCCCGUUCUUUCCUUGCUCCAUUCACA